AUGGGGUCGAAUGAGCUGAAGUCGAUGGGGUCUGGGGAGGCGUGCGGUGGGCCGACGACGACGAAGUGGAAGGCGACAUCGAAGGUGUGCGGCUGGCCGGCGACGACGGAGGGGAAGGCGUCAGCGGACAGGGAUGGGGUUGAAGGAGCAGAAGUCGAUAGAGAAUCCAAGGAACAUUCUAAGAUCAUCCUCAUCCUCUGCCCCUCUGCUUACAAUACCAUUCAUCAGUCAAUUGCUAGGUCACUCAGAAGGAGAAGAACAAAGAUCGCGAAGAUGAUAGAAGUGGUUCUCAACGACCGCCUGGGCAAGAAGGUCCGAGUGAAGUGCAACGAGGACGACACCAUCGGAGACCUCAAGAAGCUGGUCGCCGCACAGACCGGCACACGCGCCGACAAGAUCAGGAUCCAGAAGUGGUACACCAUCUACAAGGACCACAUCACCCUCAAGGAUUACGAGGUCCACGACGGCAUGGGCCUCGAGCUCUACUACAACUAG